GAUCGUCUAACCUGGACAUCAUCUCGAUAGUCGGGAUGGGUGGUAUUGGCAAGACGACUCUCUCAAGAAAUUUGUAUAAUGAUCGGCUUAUUGAGGAUCGUUUUGAUACUCGUGCCUGGGUUGUUGUAUCCCAGGACUACCACGUGGAAGAUGUGUUUAUGGUUCUCGUAAAUUCCACGGGAAAGGAUGGUAGUGAAGUGCAUGAGAAGAGCGCUGAAGAAUUAGCUGAUCGUCUGUACAAAAAUUUGAAGGGUAGGAGGUACCUCAUCGUGAUGGAUGAUGUUUGGGACACCAAAGCCUGGGAUGAUGUCAAGAGGUUCUUUCCAGAUGAUAAUAAUAGCAGCAGGGUCAUUUUAACUACUCGUGAGUCGGAAGUGGCUGUAUAUGCCAACCCUGGAAGCUCUAUUCAUCACAUGAGCCUUCUUAGCCCAGAAGCAAGUUGGGAUCUAUUGCGUGAGACGGUAUUUGGACAAGAGGAUGGCCCUUAUGAAUUGGAGAAAAUUGGACGUGAGAUUGCAGAAAAUUGCAGAGGGCUUCCACUUGCAAUUGUUGUGAUCGGUGGCCUCCUCUCUAGAGACAUCAAGGGAGAAAACUGGGAGCACAUUGCGCAAGACGUUUAUUCAGCCAUGGCUAGAAAUGAUGGCGAUCAGUUUAUGGAGAUACUAUCUUUAAGUUAUAAUUCCUUGUCCCAUCAUCUGAAACCAUGUUUUCUUUAUAUGGGAGUAUUCCCCGAAGAUUAUGAGAUAUUCGUCUCCCAACUCAUCAAGCAAUGGGUUGCAGAGGGAUUCAUAAAACCUAGAACCCCUAAAAGUCUCGAAGAGUUGGCAGAGGAUUAUUUGAGUGAUCUUAUCAACAGAAGUCUUGUUGAGGUUCGUAGGAGAAAGCAUAAUGGUGAAAUUAAAACCUUAAUCAUCCAUGAUAUGUUGAGGGAAUUGUGUUUGAGAAAAGCUCGGGAUGAGAAAUUUCUUCAGAUAAUGAAAUCACAGAGUCAUGGUUUUCCACAAGAUAGAAAGAAUCAGCGGCGUGUGAGUAUUCACUCUGAUCGUUUGCUUCCCCUGAACGUUGUUCAUGACUCGUAUCUCCGUUCUCUUGUUUAUUUUUGUGAUCUUCAUUCCAGUAAUCACUUAGUGUCCUUUAUUGUGAGUUUUAGACUGCUCAAGGUAUUGAAUGCACUUACAAUAAGGUUCAGUGAGUUUCCAUUUGGAAUACUGGAGUUAGUUCAUUUAGAAUUCCUUGCAUUUUGCUAUACAAAUAAGCUAUGGUUGCCUGCAUCCAUACGCAAACUCCGGAAUCUUCAAACUUUAGUUGUUUAUCUAAGGGAUGUCAGCAUGUUCCACCCAGACGACACUUUAUAUCUACCAUCGAGCAUAUGGGAGAUGCCAAAACUGAGGCAUCUUAUGUUCGAAAGAGGCUUCUUGCGUUCCUCUUCUUUUGAAGAAAUCAAAGGGGUUCUGGAGAAUCUUCAAACACUUUCAGAUGUAACCAACUUGAAAUGCACCAAGGAAGUCUUGGAAACCAUGCCGAAUCUAAAGAAGUUGGGAAUUUCAUACGUCCACGACACUCUCACCGAAUGGUCAUCCUAUGAGUUCAACAACUUCAUCUACCUACACAAACUUGAAACGUUGAAGUGCGUCUUCGUUACCAGGGAUGCUUCAGCUAGGCAACCUUUGCCUUUAAAUCUCGCUUUCCCUCCAAAUCUCAAGAAGCUGACUCUCAGUGGUUGCAGAAUUUCUUGGGAGAAAAUGAUUGUUGUUGGUUCGUUACCCAAUCUUGAAGUGCUAAAACUGAGAGAUAAUGCCUUUGAGGGAUCGGUGUGAAAACCAAAUGAAGGGGAAUUCACUAAAUUAAAGUAUCUGCUCAUUGAGUCAAACCGGUUAGAGCAUUGGUGUGCUGAUCCUACACAUUUUCCACAACUUCAACACUUGUGUCUCAAUUUUUGCUCUUGGUUAAAAGCAAUCCCUCAAGGAAUUGGAGAUGUUGCAAGUCUUGAAAUGAUUGAGUUGUUUGAAUGUAGCUCAUCUGCUGUGGCCUCAGCAAUGCUGAUACAAGAGGAACAACAAAGCUUGGGGAACGAAGGCCUUAGAGUUCGUAUCAAUUCCUAUGAUGAUUAUUUCAAGGCUCGUCGCAACACCUCUCUAGGGAAGGUAAGAACCUGAACGUGUAGAUGCAGUGGCAAUUGGUCUGCACAAAUAUUUAUUCGAUUGGCAUGUAAAAUGUUGUACGUAUCUCGGUUGCAUGAGGCGUAGAUAGUACUCUUGUGGACUCUGAAAAGCAA